CACAGACACAGAGAGAGAUCCAUUGUAACAAGUCAACUGCGUCUCACUCUCUCCCUUUCCUCUCUGACAAACCUUCGCACGCACACACGCGCCUCUAAAUUACUAUUCUACCCCUCCCUUCUCCCCUUCCAUACCAUUAAAGCCACACUUCUCCGCUUUCUUCCCACUCUCCCAUCCCAAUCGCUCGGAAUGUCGCAGACUCAAACCUCCUCUCUCUCCCAGUUUCGACUGAGUAGCUCCGGUGACUUGGCACCCGGAAACGCCGAUGAUUCGGGUCACCCUGGGUCGAACUCCGCCAAAUACAAGCUCAUGUCGCCGGCCAAGCUCCCGAUCUCGAGGUCCGCGUGCAUCACGAUCCCACCCGGGCUUAGCCCGACGUCGUUCCUCGAGUCCCCCGUGCUUCUCUCCAACAUGAAGGCAGAGCCCUCUCCGACCACCGGUUCCUUUAUGAAGCCUCAAGUGGUCCAUGGCCCUGGUAGUUCUGCUGCACAUCCGGUAACUACAGUUUGCUCCAACACCGAUUCCUUCAAUGAAAGAAAUCCCAGCUUCUUCGAAUUUAAACCUCAUGCCACAUCAAAUAUGGUUCCUGCAGAUCUGAACCACCAUAGAAAUGAACAAUCUAUCCAAGUCCAAGGCCAGUGCCAUCCUCACGCCUUUGCAUCAUCAGCAUCAGUGAAAAAUGAGAUGGCAGUUUCCUCAAAUGAGUUGAGUCUUUCAGCACCAAUUCACAUGGUAACUUCAGGGGCUAGUGCACCGGCUGAAGUUGAUUCAGGUGAACUAAACCAUAGAGGAACCCCAAAUACUGGGUUUCAAGCUUCACAAUCUGAGUCUAAAGGAGGUGGAAUUUCUGCUGUUGCUGAGAGGCCAUCGGAUGAUGGAUAUAACUGGCGAAAAUAUGGACAGAAACUUGUUAAAGGAUGUGAAUUUCCACGUAGCUAUUACAAAUGUACACAUCCUAACUGUGAAGUGAAAAAGCUGUUUGAGCGCUCUCAUGAUGGACAGAUUACUGAGAUUAUCUACAAGGGCACACAUGAUCAUCCUAAACCCCAACCAAGCCGUCGGUAUACUUCUGGUACCAUGAUGACUGUCCAAGAAGAAAGAUCUGAUAAGGCUCCAUCUUUAACUAGUCGAGAUGAGAAGUCUGGCAUCUAUGGACAAACAUCCCAUGCAGUUGAGCCAAAUGGUACUCCUGACCUAUCUCCUGUCAUGGCAAAUGAUGAUAGUCUAGAUGGUGCAGGUUCAACUCCAAAUAGGAUCAAUGAUGAUGUUGAGGAUGAUGAUUUAUUCUCCAAACGGAGGAAAAUGGACAUUGGUGGGCUUGAUGUCACUCCAGUGGUUAAACCUAUCCGGGAACCACGUGUAGUUGUCCAAACUCUUAGUGAGGUAGAUAUACUGGAUGAUGGGUAUCGCUGGCGCAAAUAUGGGCAGAAAGUGGUCAGAGGUAAUCCUAAUCCAAGGAGCUACUACAAGUGUACAAAUGCUGGAUGCCCUGUUAGAAAACAUGUGGAGAGGGCAUCUCAUGAUCCCAAAGCAGUUAUAACCACAUAUGAGGGAAAACAUAAUCACGAUGUGCCUACUGCAAGGACAAGUAGCCAUGACACAGCAGGACACACAGCUGUGAGUGGACCGUCAAGGAUUAUUAGAUCAGAAGAAAGUGAUACCAUUAGCCUUGAUCUUGGGGUUGGGAUCAGCUCAGCUGUUGAAAAUAGGUCCAACGAGCCCAGGCAGGCACAUCAUUCUGAAAUUCUGGGAGUCCAAUCUCACGCUAGCAAUUCAAAUUUUAAGGUGUUUCAAGCAACCCCAGUUUCAGCAUAUUUUGGUGUUCUAAGUACCGGCUUAAGUCGAUAUGGAUCAAGAGAAAAUCCAAGUGAAGGCCGAAAGAUUGAAAUUCCACCUUUAAGCCAUUCCUCUUACCCAUUUCCACAGAACAUGGGAAAGAUACUGACGGGUCCUUGGUUGAACACUGGAGACCCAUCAAGAAACAUCGUUGAGCUCAUCUUUCAAAGAGCGUCCACAAACCCCUCUAAGUCAUCAAGAAAGAUAAAAACUGUCCUCAAGGUGAAGAAUUCCGUAGAAAUUCUUGACAGGUUUGAAGAAUAUAGAGAGAAGGUGAAGAAGAAAGCCUACGAGAGAUAUAAAAGGAAUCCAAGAAGCAAGGUGGACGGGAACGAGCUGUUACGAUUCUAUGGCUCUACUAUGGUUUGCUGCAGUGGCAAGUCAAAGCGAGUAUCUGAACUGUGUAAAGAUCCCUCUUGUGAAGUCUGCAGGAUUAUUGAAUCUAAUUUUGACACAGAUCGCACCAGAAGAUAUGGUGUCCGUUUGAGUACUGGUAGUGACGACUCGAGUGAGAACAUGAUUGCCACUACAAGAGUGAACAAUAUAAAGAGGGCUGUCAUCGUUUGCAGGGCAAUUGCUGGGAGCAUAGAAAUGGCGGCUUUUUUCUCUCUCUAUCCCUUCAAUACCAUUCUCUGCACUCCUUUGAACGUCUCAGUUUUGCACUUGACCGUGCAGUCCCUCUCAAAUUUUGUUGGAGGAAGAGGGGGUGGAAUUGUUAAGCCGAGGGGCAGAACGUGCAGGUUCGUGGCGCUGUCGACGCACUCGACCCCUAGGAUCCUCAAGUCCAACCGGAGAUCGCGCUACGGCCACCUACUUUCGCCGUUCGAUACUGACGACGAGGAUUUUGAUGAUGAAGACGACGAGGUGAAGGAUGAUUCUUCGGCGCCCAAUGAUGACUUUGCCAAAACUGCAGAACUUGAUGUUAAGGGAAAGAGAAUGAAGUCCCAGAACGAGCAUGAAACAAGAAAAGGUAAACAGAGACAACCAGAGAGAGACUGGAGCUUCAGAGCAUCCAAAUCUGGACAAAACCUCAAAAUUGAUAAAGAUCAAUUGGGUGCGAGAAAUGACGAGAACACUAUACAAAGGAGUGACAUUGGAGAUUCCUAUCAUGAUUUCAAUGAAACAGAGGAAAUCAGAUCCUUAGAUAUGAAUGGCAGAGGGAAGUUGAUGACAAGGAAAUCUAUGGAGAACAAAUAUCCUCGGCUAUGUGAAGAAAUAGAUUUGGAUAAAAAAUGGUUACCCCUUCUUGAUUACUUGACCACAUUUGGCCUUACGGAAUCACACUUUAUACAAAUGUAUGAAAGGCACAUGCCUUCCCUUCAAAUUAAUGUGUGUUCCGCACGAGAAAGGAUGGAAUACUUGUUGAGUAUUGGUGUCAAACAUAGAGAUGUGAGAAGAAUACUUUUGAGGCAGCCACAAAUUUUGGAGUACACAGUAGAGAAAAAUUUGAAGUCCCAUGUUUCUUUCUUGAUGGGUUUGGGCAUUCCAAGUUCCAGAGUAGGGCAGAUAAUUUCAGCUGCACCAUCUCUAUUUUCUUACAGUAUUGAGAACUCAUUGAAACCCACAGUUAGAUACUUGGUUGAGGAGGUCGGCAUCAAGGAAAAAGCUUUAGGUAAAGUCAUACAACUUAGCCCUCAAAUCCUGGUCCAACGCAUUGGCAUAUCGUGGAACACGCGCUAUACUUUUCUGUCAAAGGAAUUGGGAGCACCAAGAGAUAGUAUAGUCAAAAUGGUGACUAAACAUCCUCAGCUCCUCCAUUACAGUAUUGAUGAUGGAUUACUGCCUAGGAUCAAUUUCCUGAGGGCUAUAGGGAUGUGUAAUUCUGACAUCUUGAAAGUUUUGACCAGCCUUACACAGGUAUUAUCCUUAUCAUUGGAGCAGAAUCUGAAGCCUAAGUAUAUGUACUUGAUCAAUGAACUUCGUAACGAGGUGCAUUCCUUGACAAAAUAUCCAAUGUACUUAAGUUUGUCUUUGGACCAGAGAAUUCGUCCUCGCCAUAGAUUCUUGGUUGCCCUUAAGAAAGCUCCAAAGGGGCCAUUUCCUCUCAGUUCACUGGUUCCAACUGACGAAUGCUUUUGUCAGCAGUGGGCUGGAACCAGUUUAGAUAAAUAUUUGGCUUUUCGGCAGAGACUACUACUCAAGGAGUUUGCAAAGAAAUACGAAAAGAAAGGAUAACACUCUGCCCUCUCUAUUGCGUCCUUGGCUUAUGAUACAAGUAUUUGAAUGAAUAGCAGUCUCUUCAUUAACUUCGGCAACGAAAAACUUCUUUUUGUUUAAUUUCACUGAAAUUUUAGUGAAUCUCAGCAUCUUUGACUUUUGUAAGCCUCUAGUAAGCAAAUGCUAUGCCAUGGUUUGGCGAAGAGGUACUCAGCACUGUAAUUGGUGCUGAAGCUGCUCGAGUGGCAAAGUUGAUGUUUGCAUUCUCAGUUGAAGGCGAGAGUUAUUUUCUAAGUUCUGGUUAUCUAAAGGCGAGAUGGCAUCAUCGAAAAGGCUGUUAUGUGAGAGUUUUAGAUCCUUGAACAAGAAAGUGAAUGAAAAUGGAAGUCGCUUGUUGUUCAAACGAUGCGGUUUACAAGCGCCAGAUAGUGGAUAUAUGCGGGAGUUUCUUCUUCCUUUCUUUCUUUUUUCCUAAGCUGUAUAUAUUUUGGAGUUCACUCCCAUCUGAUAGUUCCCAUGAAUGAUUUUGUCAAUAUAAAAGGUUGUAUUAGUUGAUUGCUACGUUAUGCA